GAGCGAAUUUAAGUCGCGGUUCUGGGAAUUGUCGCGUCAUUUCAUAAUCCUUUUAGACUCGAACUGCCAAGAGAUUUCAAGCAUUUAGGAAGUUUUACAAUUUUCUAAAGGAUUCACAAUGAUGGAAAAAUCCCUGUCAAGUAAGGAGCAGCUUUGUCAUAUCGUGGAUCGUUAAGCGCCGGUCGCUGAAUAUUCAUACAAACAGGUUGUCCAUUACCAAGGAAAAAUCUUUCGAUAUGACUACCGUUUUACCGGCAUGGAAAGUGGAACUGAUAGAAAAGAAGAAGAGAAAGGAACAAGACCAGCGACAGAAGCUCGAACAAGAGAAAUUCCGCAAAACAUCUAUCCCAGAAUGGAAGCGAUCGCUGAUAGAAAAGAAAAAGGAGAGUACCAUCGAUUCUCAGGAAGUUAAGGAACAAGCCUCACAUGUCAAUACUUUGUUUGGCCCACGGAUUGUACGUAAGGCAUCGCAGACCAAUUCAUUGGUCGUAAAUUCAAGCUGUAAGCAAGUUGUCAAGAAUGGAGAAGUAGACAAGACGAGAAAGAUUGUAAAUGAUAUAAACGCGAGCCAGGGUGGUCCUGCAUUGUAUUCAAGCCCCGCCGACACAAAUAGUUGUGUUACCAAAGGUGUCGAGAUUCCGACAGAACUGGAACACAAACCAAACAAACCGGGCACUCGAAUAGAGAUCGAAAGCAACCAGGAAAGUUCACAACGAGCGAAUUUUAUUGCAAACGGAGUGGACUUAAAGGCAACUUUGAAUGAUGAUAACCCUUCCGUUUUAAACCCUAACAACGACAUUAGACACGUCAAGACACCAUCUGUUCUUAGCUAUCGACGAAUGUUCGAACAUUCGAAACCAGAAAUAAACGGCGAAACGAACGUGCCGCGACUCCUUAAAGGCACCGAAAAUAAAGCCCGUGUUCGAAGCGAUAAGAGGACUGUAGAAAGUGCCUUAGGCGCUGCUAAUGGCGAAUCACAUCAAUCUUCCUCACAAUUGCAAAUUUUGACCACAAGUGCCGUGGACAGUGUACAAUCAAUCCCUGAAACUGACAAUUCAUUAAGUUUGCACGUAGAUUCGAUCGAACGAAAAUCAUCUAUUCUAAGACCUUUUGUCGCCCCUAAACCAUACAAAAAUUAUGUCGCUACUCCUCCGUGGCUUAAACACGAUGCAUCGAAAAAUUCUGCGUUCCUGGCUGGCAAGGAAGAGUUACUGGUAGCUAAUGUUAAUGGUGAAGUACCUAAUGCCACAAAGGAUUUGGAAACUUUAGAUCACAAGAAAGAUGUGGUUCUUGAUUCUAAAGGGGAGGAUGAUUUUGAAAAUUUUGAUGGACAGCCACUGCGAGCCAAGUUUAACGAUCACAGUGAUCUGGUCAUACCUCUCAUAGAUUCACAAAGAGAAGAAGCUUUACAAACAUGUGCUCAGAAGACAAUUGUACCACAGGAACAAAGUCUACAGAAAUAUUUACUUGUCAAGAAUACAGACUCAAAAGAGGAAGUGAGAUCCUUUAAGUGCGAUGAAAAUGUUGACAAACAAAAGUACAUUCUGAUGGAAGGGAAAAGUCAACAAGAAUUAAUUUCUUCCAAUAAUGUAGACAAAAAAAUAGCUAGUGCCACUAUAAACAAUGUUUCCAACGUUCCCCAUGAAUCUUCAACUCCCAAAGCAGAUGAUAUUUUAAAUACAAGCUCUAUUGAUUCAUUGCGGAGUAAGUUUGGUGCAGUGGGUGGUUUUCGAAAACGGACCCCAUCUGAAGAAAAUCUCUCUCUGAGAGGUAGUCAGUCUGAACCAUUGAGUGAACAGGGAUGUGUUAUACGUAGGUCUGCAGAGUUAAAGAGACCUGCUCCUCCCAUGAAGAGAUGGUCAGCAGAUGUUUUAAGUUUGAUGUCAAAACCAAUUGAUGAUGAUGAUGAUGAUGAUGGAGAUGUGUCAAAUCUGUCUCCUCGCAGUGACACUAAAUCUGCCCUUUCAUCAGCUAACAGUCAACCCAAGAGACCACCUGCUCCUACAAAGAGAUGGACAGCAGAUGUCAUGAGUGUAGUGUCACCACGGACUGAUGACCGAGCCAUAAAUUCUUCAUCUAUAAGCGACUCUAGCAAGAAGUCUUCACCAAGCAGCAGUCUUGAAAGAGGCAAAUCAUCAUCACUGAUUGAUGUUAGAGAAGAUGCAAGUCAUGAGUGCUUCCAGCAUAAAUCGAAUGUUGCUCAUGGGAUUGAACACCGUGUAAACAAGCUGAUAAGAAGAGCAUCAGUGUCAGACCUGUUGCUUGUUGAUGAUGAAGAAUCAGACUCAACAACUGAAGAUGACCCUAUAAGUGAGGCAUACUUACAUGGCACAUUUGAGAAUGAAAUCACCUCCACCGAUCAUGUAUUUACACCAAAAGAAAAUGAUGAGUUUUUGCCAACCACUGUUCAUUCACCCGACCAAGAUAUCAAACCAGUAUUUGCACGAAAGCGUAGUGUUUCAAGUGACAUUGAGCACAGGGUUACAGAACUUCUUCAUAGGCAGUUAUCACAGCAAUCAGACAAUGAUGAUUCAGAAGAGGACAAGAUCUUAGAAAGUGAUUCAAAAGUGACUGUUGUCAAGGUGGAGGACAGUGUCAAAGAACUGACUCCAGAAUCACUGAAAACUGAGACUGUGCAUUUAGUUGAGACCAAGCCAGUUGCUCCUGCAGACCCUGAGCCUGCUGAGGCUUCAGAGCAGAUCAAGCCAGCUAAGGGGUCUGUUCAUAAGCUGUCAGCAUUGUUUGGUUCCAGUAUUUGGAAACCAAACAAGAAAGACAAGAGUGCACAUGAAGAAAAAUCCAAGAAAAAAGUUAACUAUCUGGACAUGUCACAUGCUCCAGUGAAAACAGGCAAAAAAAGCUCAUCAGAGGAAAAGGUUGAUAGCAAGAAAUCCAGUCUCUUUAACAGGUCUAACAAGACAGAGGCAAAGUCAGUGCAGAAGGAGAAACAGCAGUCAAUUUUUCCUUGGAUGAAAAAGAAUAGCAAGGAUAAAGAGAGUACACCAAGCCAUAAAACAAAAGAGGUUAUGGACAAAAAUCAAAAGAACAAUAGUAGUCACCCAAAGGAUAAUUCUGAAACAGUAUCACUCUCUUCUCAUGGUUUACGACCAGUGGGCAAGACUGGAAAGGUGGAGCAGCGGUUGGUGGGUAAUGUUGUUAUAAUAAGCGAUGCAAGCCAUGACAACACACCUCCAAAGGGUGUUUACCACAAACCAAAAUCAAGUGUUCAGAUUUCUGAGCCACAGAAAGAGGAGAGUUAUAUGGGGAAAGUGAACCAUCCAAAACCAGAGGAGAAAAGAGCUGAAAUUUGUACUUCAGGUGUUGUGACCCAGGAAUGGAAUGGAAAUUUGCAGAGCUCAGAAGUGGAAAAGAGCAUGAGUGAGUCAGUUCCAAUAACAUCAAUUGAUGAGGUGCCAGUAUCUGCCAUUGACAUCCCAGAGUUGCCUCAUGAUAGUGAUGUCACUGUAUCCGUGAUUGAUGUCCCACCUUCUCCAGAUGUCCGUAGUUUCCAAAAUGUUUCCUUUGUGAAUGGUUUCCAAGAGAAAGUGGAACACACUGAUGAUGAUGUUCAUGUUUCAGUGAUUGAUGUGCCAUCACCUGUUAUCAACGAACAGGCAAAUAUCUUCCAGGAUGGGUACUUGGAAACAGAUGAAUUUUCUGAUGGCAGUGACGUGGAUGAUGUGGAAGGAAGCUAUGAUUUUGCCACUGGUGAAGUGACACACCUAGUUAAUGGUGACAUUUCUGAGGAUGAGGAUGAGGAGGAUGGUGAAGAAGAACAGGAGGAGGACAAUGACAAUGAAGAGGAUGUACCUAUAUCUUACAUAGGAGCUGCCCCUCAGUAUCCAGUACCUCAAGUGGUCUUUGACUCAGAGCCAGUCAAGUUAAAGUCAUGUUUAAGUCCAAAGACAGAGAGAAGGAGGGUGAACAAAGUAAGAGUUUCUUUCAAGAGCACUCAUACAGUACAUGACUAUCCUUCUGAAGAAACUGUUGCAUCAGUCUAUGAUGACUAUGAAAGAAAUGGCUCUAGGGAAAUAAAAACCUUGCAAAAUUAUCAACCUCCUGGCCUGGUCAAUAUGGAAAAGCAAAUUGGGCAGAUGGGAGGCCAUUUUCAAGACCCUGUGACAACUCCACAACAGGCUGGUAAAAGCGUUGUCACUGUUAAUGAGAGUCAUUCAGAGAUAAAGUAUGCUGAUGAAGGACAAGGCUUCACAGAUUCUACUGAUUAUGCAAGUGCUCUGUUGUUUUAACUCAUACACAGUGAGAAAAUUUUCAGGAUGUUGGUAAAUUGUGCUCACCCAUGAAAUCCCAUCCACAUUAACAUUAUUCUUCACAUUAACAUUAUUUUUCAAGCUUUAAAAAUUGGACUUCAGGAGCUAAUGUUGAUAAUUUAACUAAUGAGCAUCUUUUCAAAAAUAAGGGGUUGUAGAUAUUAUGUUUGUUACAAGCAUCAAGUCAAUACAGUUAAGGUUAGAUCUUUUUAGGGGUUUUUUUUUUUUGUACACUAUGCACAGGAAAAUUAGAUCAGUUUAGCAGUGCUGUCAAGACUGCAAUUUCAUAGACAAGUUGGAAGAAUUUCAUGGGGUGAUUAUUAGACAAACUAUUGCAAUGAUCAGACAAAUCAAUUAUUGCGAGACAAGUUGCAAAAAAAUUCAACAGCAUUACAAGUGGUUAUGUGUAAUACCAAUAGUUGUAUGUACUUUCAAUGAGUGAAUCCCACAAUAAGCUAGUACUUUCCAGCAUGAAAAUUAUGAUUGAAAUUUUUUUAAGGGCUAUAUUAUUUUGUGAUUAUGAACAUUGACAUGGAAAGAAAUUGACUAUUUUCAACUUAUUAGACAAACCAUUGUAAUGACCAGGCAUAUCAAUUAUUGCACGACAAAUUGCAAAAAAAUUAAAUAGUAUUACAAGUGGUUAUGUGUAAUACCAAUAGUUGUAUGUACUUUCAAUGAGUGAAUCCCACAACGAGCUUGUACUUUCCAGCAUGAAAAUUAUGAUUGAAAUUUCUAUUAGGGGCUAUAUUAUUUUGUGAUUCUGAACAAUGACAUGGAAAGAAAUUGACUAUUUUCAACUUAUGUGAAACUUGUUUAGUUAUACUGAUGGCAAGGUCGCAAAAAAUUUAACUUGAUUUACUGAAGAGUUUUUUCUGAUCGUAGCAAAAUUUUGCAGAUUCUUAUUUUGUAGAAUUUGUUUCCACAGGAACAUAUUUCUGGGGGUUAGGGACAAACCCUGAAAAGCAGAAAAAAAAUAUUUGAUUCAGGCUUUACACACAGUAAAGCAGAUUGAAACAAGUUUUCAUUAAAUGUAUAGUUUUGCAAAGAGUGACAUAGUAAUUUAUUGGAAAGGACUAAUCAAUUACUGCCAGUCCCUGAAAGAACUGUACCAGAGUAUAGCUUUCUUUGAAUUAAGCCCAGCAAUUCACUCUGGGCUGGUCAAUAAUUAAAGAAUUUUAUUUUUAAUUUGUGCAUAGCAAGACAUAGCAACAAUCAUGCAUUUUUAUACGUGGAAUUUUUGGUUGAAAAUAUCACAAAAUUCAGCCAGUGGAAUUAUUUAGCCAUUCAAAAAAGCCCUAUGAGAAAAGGAAAAUUUUUGACAGAAACCUUUUUUAAACCAGUGUCUUUUUUCUUAUUGAGUACUUCUGAUCUUUACAUUCUGCAAUUGUAUUAUGAGGCAUGAGUUUCUAAAAACAGAUGAAAAUCUUAGAAAUUUGAAGAUUAUUCAUAUUCAUCAAUUCAUUGGUAAAUGCUCAACUUGAGUAAGGUUCUCUUCAAGUAUAAGACUGAAAUGAGUCAUUUUUAUCACUUUCCUUGAUAUCAGUUUUUUUAGCAUGAAGUUGCUUGGCUUUUGAAAAAUACAGCCUGCCAAAUGUUUCUUGAUACCAGGUUGAGCUUCAUGAUCCAAGAGGAACACAAUUACAGUGAUGCCUAACAGACCUUACUGUGUUUCUCAGAGUGUAUAUUUUAUUGACAGAUGUUUGAAAUAAAGGCAAAGGGUACCUUUCUUUAAUUAGAAUUUUAAGGGUUGCAGAAUGUAAAGAAAUGAAGUAGAGAGAUUGUUAAUGGUAAGUUUUAAACAAUUUUUUGGAAUAAUGUGUGUGAUGUACAAAGUAAAUGUAAGUAUUGUGCAAUAGAAGAGUGGUGUAAAUAGAAUGGGAUGAAUAUUUCACUCCUGGAACUGUUGCCACAUGAGUUCAAUCCUUUUAAUUUCUAUUAAAUGUAAUUUUUGAGUGAUGUAAAGAACUAUACAAUGGCUAAUAAAAUAACGGUUAACUGUUUUAACUUGAAA